AUGUUGCCGGUGCCGCUGUUGGGAACCAGCGUUCCGGAGGUCAUGACGCUGGUCACCGUCGUCGGGUUGCCAUUAGGCUCGGUGGAGGUGGUGACGAUGGUGGUGAGAAACGUCGAGGUGGAGAACUUGAUCGACGUGCGAGUGACGAUCGAGGACGAUGAGGGCGGGUGGUUGUUCUUGAUCGUGGAGCUUGGCGAAGUGGUGGUCCGUGUGAUCAAGGAAGAAGAGGCGCUUGGGGCGAGGACGGGCGAGCUACUGCUCAAGGAAGUGAUGUCCGUAGGCGCGGUGGAAGUUGAGGUGGCGGAGGGAGGCAAGCUGACAGAAGAGGAUGAUACAGGCGGUGACGAAGUGGAGGACAGCGAUGAAGAAGCAGAGGAAGAAGUCGUGACACUCGUAGAGGAAGAAGAUGAUGUAUUUGAAGUCGAAGAUGUGGUGUCUGUAGAUGUAGAGACUGUAGUGGACGAAAUCGUGCCCACGGACGAAGAUGAGGUAGUAGAUAGCGUAGUAGAUGAUGUCCCAGAGGUAGUAGAUAAUGUAGUGGUUGAUGAUGUCGUGUCGGAUGCGGUGGAUGAAGAUGUUGAGGAGACGGUCGAGGUACUCUGGGACGUCGAAGAUGAUGAGGACGCGGAUGUGGUCGGCGUCGAGGAGGAUCCAGGUGAGGAAGAUGUUGUUGAUACAGAUGCAGACGUGGUGGUCGUAGGCGGGGGCGAGACGGAAGAGGGAGAAGAUGACGGAGUCGUGUUUGUGGUCGUCGUGGAAGAGGUAUCGGUGCGAGACGCAGACGCAGAAGAUGAGGGCCCCGGGAGUCCGAUAGAGACCGAGAUGGAUAGCGAAAGCGAGAGAGAUUUCGACAGCGGGUCAGACGUGAACGGGAAUGAGGUGGGUAGCGAUAACGUCGGAACCGCGGAGGUGGUAGGAGCGAGGGAAAGCGUGGGCACGGAGGAGGCGGGGGGAGAGGACGAUGACGUUGCGACAGAUGAGCUUGAUGUCGCACUCGGAGAAGGAGUGGAGGACAGUACCGAUGUGAGCGAGAGAUCUUCGGUGCGGGAGGCGGGGGCGGACGCCGGUAUCGCGGAUGCAGGCGCAGUCGUUGCAUUGUCCGACGACGAAGCUGGUGCCGAAGAUUCGGUAGAAGACGCCAAACCCGACCCAGUUACCGAUGCCGGCGCAAAAGGACCGCUAUCCGUGCUCGCUCUGGCGUCUCCUUGCCUGCGCAUCAACUGCUCCGCUCCUCCGUCUUCGUCUCGCCCAUGCUUUUCGAGUGCCCAGUGCACGGGUGACGCGCUCGCAGCUGGAGACGCGAUGCUCGCGCCAAGGAGGACCAUGGCCUGUGCCAGGUUGGCCGACAACCGGCGAUGCUGCCCUAACAAGCUGGAUCCCAUUCGCAAGUGA